AUGCUCGAGGCUCCGUAUUGGUACUGCAUUGAUUGCGAAGUGGCCGCCGGCUUCUCUGAGACCGAAAACAGCCACGAUGCUCAGGUCUCGGCUGCGGACGAAGCCGGAGAAGGCGGGCAAAAUUCCUCUCAAUCCUCUGUGGACUGUCUCCGGGGAGCUAGCUCCUCCUAUCCAGAUGACACAGACAAUCAAGACGCAGAAACAUUUGAAACCAUUAAGAUGGGCGACACCCUUCUUGCCAUGACAGGUGAACAGGACAGAGGAGCUGAUAGCAAGGAAGAGGACACCGCAAGCAGCAUGAAAGCGGGGGGUGGUAAUGCUCUAGGCCGGACCGAGACAGAAGAUGGAGAUGAAAGCGCACCUGCACAAACCAGAGUUGCUCACACCUUCAACCAUCAUCUCGUCCUCUAUCAGCGAGCGCCAAUUGAGCCUACAGAAACCACAUCUGAUAUCCCCAUCACGGAGACGUUUCUCAAAGUGCAAGACCACAUCUCGUCAUUUGAGAGUAGGCUACAAGCCCGCCUCUCGUCCUUCGAUGGGCUAGCAUGUGCGCAUGCUAGAUCCAGAUACGGGCAGAUGUGGAUGGCAGGACUACAGGCCACGGACAAGCUCAUAGAAGUCUGGCUAUGCUGGUCUUUCCACCAUAGCCUCACGAUUAUCAAGUCCAAUACUGCUUCCCAGGCCAAGUAG